AUGGAUUCCGGGGGCACGUACAAAUAUUUCGGCUUGGUUGGACUGUGCCUUGUGCUUUUUCUGGCGUACCGUGUCGGCAUCGUCGUGUACAAUCUCUAUGUCCAUCCUCUCGCCCGCGUCCCCGGACCAAGGCUGUACGCGGCGUCCAACAUCCCGUACGCGUGGGCGCUGAUUGGCGGCAAGUGGACCUACACGCUCAAGGACCUCCACGACAAGUACGGACCGGUGGUGAGAUUCGCCCCGGACGACGUGUCGUUCAUCUCGGCGGGCGCAUGGAAGGCCAUCUACGGCCACCGCACAGGCGGCGAGCCCAACUUUGAAAAGGACCGACGCCUGUACCGCGGGUCCAAGACCGACACCAGGAGCAUCCUCGUGGCCGGCGAUGCGGACCACAGCCGCAUGCGGCGGUCGCUCGCCCACGCCUUUUCCGAAAAGGCCCUGCGCGGCCAGGAGGACAUUAUGCAGGGGUACAUCGGGCUGCUCGUCAAACGGAUGAGAGAGAUAGCAUCGUCAUCCUCCUCGCCCACCUCGCCGGCCGCCGCAGUCGUCGACCUGGCCAAGUGGUACAACUUUACCACCUUCGACCUCAUCGGCGACCUGGCCUUUGGCGAGCCGUUCGGCUGCCUGCAGAGCGGCGGCUACCACCCGUGGGUGGCCAUGAUCUUUGGCGGCUUCAAGUUGUCCGCCUUCAACCAGGCCCGCAAACGGUUUCCCUGGCUGAUGCCCCUGACGCAGCACUUCUUGCCGAAACGCCUGCUCACUCAACAAGGCCAACAUUUCCAGAUGAGUUUCGACAAAGCCAAGGGCCGGGCCGUGAGCGGCGUCAAGGACCGCGAGGACUUCAUGUCGUACAUCCUCCGACACAACGACGAACGCGGCCUGACCCCCGACGAAAUCGGCGAGAAUUCCAACAUUUUGAUCGUCGCGGGGAGUGAGACGACCGCAUCGCUGCUCAGCGGCACCACCUACUACCUGCUUCGCAACCCAGACACCUACAAAAGACUCGUCGCCGAGAUUCGCUCCUCGUUCGACAAAGAAAGCGACAUCAAUCUCGUCGCCGUCGGCAACCUCAAGUACCUGCUCGCCUGCCUCGACGAAGGACUUCGCCUCUAUCCACCCGUGCCUUCUGCGCUCGGCCGCAACGUCGCGGCGGGCGGUAAAGAAAUUGAAGGAUUUUUCAUUCCUGAAAACACCACCGUCUCGGUUCCUCACUGGCCCGCCUACCACUCAGAGUACAACUUCCAUCGCGCUGAUGACUUCUGCCCUCAACGUUGGCUAGGCGAUGCCGAAUUUGCCAAUGACAACAAAGACGUUCUCCAACCGUUUCAGUUUGGCCCUCGAAACUGUCUCGGCAAAAGCCUGGCGUACGCCGAAAUGCGUCUCAUCCUCGCCCGAAUGCUGUGGAACUUUGACCUUGAGCUGCAACCUCAGAGUGUAGGCUGGGAGAAGCAGCUCAUCUUCAACUUUUGGGAGAAAGGGCCCAUGUAUGUGAAGGUGAUCCCGCGUCGACUGGACUGA